AUGGAUAUUGUUAAAAAAGAAUUUUCUAUUAACAUGACACAAUCAAAUAGAUUAUCAAAAUCUAUAAUUAAACCAAUGAAAUCAAUAAUAACAUGUUUUGAAGAUCUUUCAAAUGAAAUUCUUUAUGAAAUAUUUGAUUUUAUUGAUAAUUAUGAUAUAUAUGAAAUAUUUUCUAAUCUUAAUAAUCGUUUUAAUUAUCUUAUUAUUCAUUCAUGUUUACCAUUGAAAUUAAAUUUUUCUUAUCUAUCAAAAACAACAUUUGAAUAUCGAUGUAAUACGAUUUUAAUACCAAAUAUACAUCGUAUUAUAUCUCUUCAAUUUUCAAAUCAUCUUCUUAUUGAUUAUUUCUUUACAUCAUAUACUUUAGAUUCAUCUUUUAAACGUCUUGAAGCUUUAAUUUUACUAAAUACUAAAUCUGAUAAUCUUAUAUCUAUUCUUAAGACUCUAAAUUUAUUACCAUGUCUUUAUUCUCUUACAAUAACUAGUAUUGAAAAAAUACAAUCUCCAAAUGAUAUUUUUUCUUUAAUUAUUCGUCUACCUGUAUUAAUAUAUUGUAAAUUAUCAUUUGAAUUAUGGAAUCAAUAUAUUAAUUUAUCAUUAAAUAAUAAUGAAUAUAGUCCUAUUAAAUAUCUUAUUAUUGAUACAAAAUAUAAUCUUGAUCAAUUAAAUGAUUUUCUUAUUCAUAUACCAAAUCUUAAUUAUUUAUCAUGUAAAAUAUCAACAUUAAAUAGCAAACAAAUAAAUAUAUCAAUUAUAUCAAAUAAUUUAAUUAAACUUUGUCUUAAAUUAGAAGAUACAUCAUUUGAUGAAUUUGAAUAUUUUAUUUCAUAUUUUUCACAUCAACUUAAAAUUUUACGUCUUUAUACACAACGUGAUAUUGAAUAUUUAAAUGCUGAUCGAUGGGAACAAUUAAUUUUAUGUCAAAUGUCUAAUUUACAUAGAUUUGAUUUUCAUCAUCAAAUAAUUACAGAUGAAAAUAUUCUUGAUUAUCAUAGAUAUCAUAUAUUAAUUGACAAAUUUAAAUCAUCAUUUUGGAUUAAUCGAAAAUGGUUUUUUACACAUCAACAUUAUAAAUCAAAAGAUUUUACUUCUUGGAUUAUAUUUUAUUCCAUACAACCAUAUAGAUGGAAUCAUUAUGAUUUCUAUGAAGAUAGAUGUCAAUAUAAUGAAACUGGUUUAAAUUUAGCUCAUGAAGUUGCUCUUCAUAAUUAUUCAUCAAUAACUUCAUAUUCAAUACAAUUUCCACGAAUUAAUCGAUUGAUACUUUCUGGAGAUAAUAUAAAUCAAAGUCCUUCAUUUAUAUUUGAUCUUACUCGUAUAUUUUUACCUAUACAACUUAGAACAUUAAUUAUUUCUGAUAAUAGUAUACGAUUAGAACAAUUACAAUUAUUUUUAGAUCAUUAUCCUAAUAUACAAUCAUUAACAAUUCCAACAAGUAUACUUUAUUUAUAUUCACCACAAUCUGAAACAAAACGUUUAAUAUUCAAUAAAUAUAAUAUUAUUAAUAUUAAUCUUAUUAAUCAAUGUACUUUAGAAGAUAUUCAAAUACUUAAUCGAUUUUGUCCAUAUAUACAUAAUCUUGAAAUACAAACAGAUAAAGAUAAUAUAGAAUUAAUUUUACAUUUUUUAUUACGAAUAAAUACAAAUCGAAAUUGUCAAAAUCGUUUAUCAAUAUCUUCAUAUAUGAAAAAUAUUAUUUUAUGGCAACAAGAAUAUUCAGCUUGUAUACAUUGUAUGAAAAAUCAAAAUUUAAAUUCAUUUCGAUCACCAUGUAAUCAUCAUCUUUCUUCAAUAUGUUUUCGAGAUGUUAAUUAUACGACAGUGAAAAAAUUACGAACAAAAAUGAAUCUAGAUGCAUUUCUAGAUGAUUAUGUAUUAGAAUAUUUGGAUCAAAAUAUGUAUAUAUGGUGGUAG